CGUCCACGGUCGACUAGUAUAUAAACCUCGCGUAAGCGCGGCAAAGCAUCAGUAUUUGAAAAUACAAACAAGCGAUACGAAGAAGUUAAGUGGUGGAAACGCCGAGUUUUCCGAGGAAGCAAUUUUACAUACGAUAUUUUCAUUGCAAAAAAGUGAAGAGAAGUGAUACAAACAGUAAUAAUGCCAGCUGUUGGAAUUGAUCUAGGAACAACAUACUCUUGUGUUGGAGUUUGGCAACAUGGAAACGUUGAAAUCAUUGCAAAUGAUCAAGGAAACCGAACAACACCUUCAUAUGUGGCUUUUACGGAUACCGAAAGACUCAUUGGAGAUGCGGCUAAGAACCAGGUCGCUUUAAAUCCUAACAAUACAGUUUUUGAUGCGAAGCGACUGAUCGGCAGAAAAUUUGAUGAUCCAAAAAUUCAACAAGAUAUGGUACAUUGGCCGUUCAAAGUGAUUAACGACUGCGGUAAACCCAAAAUACAAGUGGAAUUCAAGGGCGAAGCUAAGAGAUUUGCACCGGAAGAAAUAAGCAGUAUGGUAUUAACGAAAAUGAAGGAAACCGCUGAAGCAUACUUGGGCUCAACAGUAAAAGAUGCUGUUAUCACAGUUCCUGCUUACUUUAACGACUCUCAACGACAGGCCACUAAAGACGCGGGUGCGAUUGCUGGUCUCAACGUUUUAAGAAUAAUAAACGAGCCAACUGCUGCCGCCUUAGCUUACGGAUUAGACAAAAAUCUCAAAGGAGAGCGAAAUGUAUUAAUCUUCGAUUUGGGUGGCGGCACAUUUGAUGUUUCUAUACUAACCAUCGAUGAGGGCUCUCUAUUUGAAGUUAAAGCCACCGCAGGUGACACCCAUCUUGGAGGAGAAGAUUUCGAUAACAGAUUGGUAAAUCAUCUAGCAGAUGAAUUUAAAAGAAAGUACAGAAAGGACAUGAAAAAUAACCCUAGAGCUCUACGUCGACUAAGAACUGCCGCUGAGAGAGCAAAACGAACAUUGUCGUCUAGCACAGAAGCCACCAUUGAGAUCGACGCUCUCUAUGAAGGCAUUGACUUCUACACCAGAGUAUCACGAGCGCGUUUUGAAGAAUUAAAUUCAGACUUGUUCCGUGGUACACUGGAACCGGUAGAAAAAGCGCUCAAGGAUGCAAAACUUGACAAAAGCUCCAUACAUGAUGUUGUACUAGUCGGUGGAUCUACUCGUAUACCCAAGAUCCAAAGCAUGUUACAAAACUUCUUCUGCGGCAAAAAGCUAAAUCUCUCCAUCAACCCGGAUGAAGCUGUAGCUUACGGUGCAGCAGUACAGGCUGCUAUACUAAGCGGCGAACAACACAGCAAAAUUCAAGAUGUUCUAUUGGUCGACGUAGCUCCACUAUCCCUUGGCAUUGAGACUGCAGGCGGAGUUAUGACAAAGAUCAUUGAACGCAACGCAAAGAUACCCUGCAAACAAUCUCAAACUUUUACAACUUAUUCGGACAACCAACCAGCUGUUACCAUCCAGGUGUAUGAAGGUGAACGUGCAAUGACUAAGGAUAACAACUUGCUGGGACGAUUCGACCUAACAGGCAUUCCGCCGGCACCGAGAGGAGUGCCUAAGAUAGAUGUAACAUUCGAUUUGGACGCCAACGGUAUCCUGAACGUGUCUGCAAAGGAGAAUAGUACGGGCCGAAGCAAAAACAUUGUCAUUAAAAAUGACAAAGGAAGACUGUCCCAAGCUGAAAUCGAUAGAAUGUUGGCAGAAGCUGAACGAUAUAAGGAAGAGGACAGCAGGCAGAGAGAAAGAGUGGCAGCCCGUAACCAUCUCGAAUCUUAUGUGUUUAGCGUAAAGCAGGCCCUUGAUGAAGCGGGUGAGAAGCUGAGCCAACAAGACAAAGACACGGCUAAAAAGGCAUGCGAUGAUGCCCUUAAAUGGUUGGACAACAACACGUUAGCAGAAAAAGAGGAGUACGAGCAUAAACAAAAGGAAAUAGAAAGAAUUUGCUCACCUGUAAUGAGCAAGAUGCAUGGGGCAGGUGCUGGAGGCAACGGUUAUCAACAAGCGGGCCCCGGUAACUACCAACAGUAUGGACAACAAGCGCAUUCUGGACCCACCGUAGAAGAAGUCGACUAAAUUUAUUCAAUGUGUAGAUCUCGUAAUUUAGUUCCUACAUCCUAAUUAGUACAAUUUGUAAAUAUUAUUUAUGUUUUGUAAAUACAUAGGUACCUGUUACUUUAAUUUUAUUUAUUUGCAUUCCAAUUACAACAGAUGAUCAUGUACUGAGCUGCAUUUUGUAGUUUUAGAAAUAAAUAUUUUGAACUU